AUGCUCCUCAACCUCGCCCUCCUCGCCGCCCCCCUUGUGGCCGCGGCUCCCUCGUCGUGGUUCCAGCCUCGGGACUCUGACAUCCACAACCUCUUUAAGCGUCAGGGUCCCGCCCCCGACCCAGCCAAGCCUGACUUUGCCUCGCACUACCCUGCUGUUGGGCGCGUGGCCAACGGCACUCUUCCCCAGGCCUGGGUUGACAAGUACAACAAGGUCAAGGCGGAGGGCAAGAUUCCGUCGCCCGACGUCAACCCUGUUGCGACUAAACGCAACGGCAACCCAGUCUACGAGGGUCGCGAUGGCGCCGACAAGUCGAUCUGCGCUUUCAACACUGGCUGCCACACCGACGACGACUACUUCCUUGCGCCGGAUGGUACUUUUGUUCUCACCUUUGACGAUGGGCCUACCCCGGCGUCGCCCGCGCUCUACGACUUUAUGCAGGAGCACAAUAUCACCCGCCAGGCGACCCACUUCAUGAUUGGCGGCAACAUUGCCGCUGACCCUAUCACCAUGCAGCGUGCGUUCACCCAGGGUGGUCACAUUGCCGUCCACACAUGGUCGCACCCCCAGAUGACCACGCUCUCGGACGAGGCUGUCAUGGGUGAGCUCGGUUGGACUAUGCAGGUCAUCGCCGACCUGACUGGUGGCCGUGUCCCUGCCUACUGGCGCCCCUCGUACGGUGACACGGACAACCGUGUCCGCGCCAUUGCCAAGAACGUAUUUGGCAUGGACUGCGUCCUCUGGAACCGUGACACGAACGACUGGAAGAUUGGCCAGGACCAGACCGUUGAGGGCACUCGCAAGAUCAUGCAGGAGUGGUGGGUCGGCCCCAAGUCUCCCGGUAUCCUCGCCCUCGAGCACGAGCUCAACAAGGACUGCGUCGACGUCUUCAUCGCCGAGUACCCUGCCGCUAUCGAGAAUGGCUGGCAGAUGAAGUCGGUUGCCGACGCCUACGGCCUCAAGUGGUACCAGAACGCCGACAGCAACGAGGGCCCCGUCACCAACUUCACCAUUGCCAAGGACACCCAGGCCAACCUCAACCUGAGCGCGCCCAUUCUGGGUGCCUCGUCGAGUGUCGCCCCUUCGGCCUCGUCCAACGUCAGCGGAACUGAUGGCGCCAACCCCAACGCCACCGCGUCGGGCUCGGCUGGCGCGGGCUCGGCUUCGGCUUCGGCCCCCCCCAAGAGCGCCGCAUCGGCGCUCGCGAUCCCCGGCCUUGCGUCGCUCCUUGUGGGUGCGCUUGCCGUUGUCGCACUCUAG